AGUCGCGCGGAAAUCACACUCGAAAUGAUGGAGUCUGAAGUGGCUGCUUCAGAAGGCGAGAAUACAGAGGAUGCCAGUUUUUCUGACGUUUCUGCUCUUGUCGCAGGAUGGAUGUUUGAUUUUAUGUUUGUUAGUUUAUGUCGGCGCUUUAAAGAGGGAGAGCUCGAUGAAUACAACGAGACCCUUUCAGUUCUUGAGGCCAUUGCUCAGGAUAAAUCUCUUCAGGGAGCUGUCCAUAAAGAGAAGCUCUUCAUUUGUGCCUUCCUUACAAGAGUCACGUAUGGGAAAGAGUUGGAUGUCGAGUUUGACGAAGACAAGCAUUUGAUGCCUCUGAUGUCUGCUACCAAAGUAUGGUGGGACCUGGAACACACCGUCGAUGACGAAACUUUGUUCAGAAACAUUGAAAGCCUUUUGUUUGUCCAGACUGUGGCUGUCUGCCUGGAAAAAGGCCAAACAUCCUCUGCCUCCUCUGCCCUCAAGUGGUUAGAAAAAUCGCAGAAAUGUCCAAAGAGCUUAAGAGUUAAGCUGUCAACUGUCAUGAGAAAGAUGGAAACUUAUGACCCGUUUCUCAGGAGCUUCAGCUUCGACCGCCUGCUGGAGAUGAUCCGGUCCUACUUGGAUACAUACCUGAAGAAAAAUCCAUCUGACUAUCUUCUCAAGGCAGCCACAGAGGUGCUUCAGUCUUCCAAAAACAUGGAACGUGUGAAGGACGAAGUGUCACAGGACAGCAGUGGCACAGAAUCGCCGACUAAAUCAGUUCCAAAGAACAAAAUAUUGUAUCAGUAUCGCAAGGCAGCCACAGAGGUGCUCCAGCCUUCCAGAAACUUGGAGUGUUUGGAGGAUGUGGUGUCGCAGGACAGCAGUGACUCAGAAUCACCGACUAAAUCAGUUCCAAAGAACAAAAAAACAAAACGGAAACUACUGCCUUCUACAAAUGCUAUUUUCUCUACGCCUGAUGCCUUCAAGUCGCCUUGUGUUUCCAUCAAACGACUCUCCAAACAUGAGUUAUCUCAGGUAACCACUGCAAAGCCUUUGAAGACCUCGGUUGAAACUUACAGGAAAAACAAGAAAAGAACACGAAUGAAAUGGAAUUCACAACUGGAUAAAUAUCUGAAAGACGGCGUGAAAAGUCACGGAGUAGGAAAGUGGUCCCUCAUCCUAAAAGAUUACGACUUCAAGGGACGAACUGGUACGAUGCUUAAAGACCGCUGGAGAAUUUUGAUAAAGACUCGUGAAGUGGAAUGAGGAGAAGGAGUCCCCAGUCUGCGUUAUGUAGCCGUUUGCUUGUAAAUAAAAUUACUUGUCUAGUUUUUUUUUUUUUUUUUGCUAAAGUUUUUAAUUGAAAAGUUCUAUAUUUGUUGUACAGAUUAUUUUUCAUUUCUGUGUUUAUCCGUUUUACCACAAGAGGGUGCUCAAGACAAAGGCAAAGAGUUUUUUU